AGACUCGCUCAGGCUGAUCUUGAACUCCUGAGUCCAAGCAAUCUGCCCAUCCGGCCUCCCAGAGUGCUAGGAUGACAAGAAUGAGUAUUAUUUGGAAUUCUGCAUGAGUGAUAUGUAUUUUAUUCCCCAGGUUUUGCUCACUGGAUCUUUAAAUACCCAGGCCCUCCCCACCAUGGCCAGCCGGGGUGGGGGCCGGGGUCGUGGCCGAGGCCAGUUGACCUUCAACAUGGAAGCUGUGGGUAUUGGGAAGGGGGAUGCUUUGCCCCCACCCACGCUGCAGCCUUCUCCACUCUUUCCUCCCUUGGAGUUCCAUCCAGUGCCUCUGCCCUCAGGAGAGGAAGGGGAGUAUGUCCUGGCAUUGAAGCAGGAGCUACGAGGAGCCAUGAGGCAGCUCCCCUACUUCAUCCGGCCUGCUGUUCCCAAGAGAGAUGUGGAGCGAUACUCAGACAAAUAUCAGAUGUCAGGGCCGAUUGACAAUGCCAUCGAUUGGAACCCUGAUUGGCGCCGUCUACCCCGGGAGCUAAAGAUCCGAGUCCGGAAGCUACAGAAGGAGCGGAUCACCAUUCUGCUCCCCAAGAGGCCCCCUAAGACCACAGAAGAUAAAGAGGAAACAAUACAGAAACUAGAGACCCUGGAGAAGAAGGAGGAAGAAGUGACGUCAGAGGAAGAUGAGGAGAAGGAAGAAGAAGAGAAGGAAGAGGAAGAAGAAGAAGAGUAUGAUGAAGAAGAACAUGAAGAGGAAACUGAUUACAUCAUGUCAUAUUUUGACAAUGGAGAGGACUUUGGGGGUGACAGUGAUGACAAUAUGGAUGAGGCUAUAUACUGAAAAAGGACCCUGUACAACACCCUGGACCUAUUACAUCUUUCUUGAUUUGGGGAUAUAGAGCGUAACUGUCGCUAUUAUUUGGUUUUGUGGACAAGCAAAUCAUUUGGUCAGAGUUCAGAAAAACUAUUUGGUCCCUGGAGAUAGGAGUGGAGAAUGAUGACAGAUAGCCUCUUUCUACCCUUCCUUUCCUUUCACCUUCAUGUCACCUCUCAUAUGGUGGAGAAGGUGCAAAGGCAAAUGUCUUAAUUGUAUGAGGGGAGAAAGAAGAAUUGAAAGAACUUGGGCUAUUAGAGCUGAGACGGCUGUACACAUAUUCCUACCCAAUUUUAGAGCUUUUUUGUGGAGAUAAUAGGGGCUGGGAGCAUUUAAGAGGAGUAAGGCCAGUUAUAUAUAUAUAUAUAUAUUUUUUUUUUUUUUGUAGAGACAGAGUCUCACUUUAUGGCCCUCGGUAGAGUGCCGUGGCCUCACACAGCUCACAGCAACCUCCAACUCCUGGACUUAAGCGAUUCUCUUGCCUCAGCCUCCCAAGUAGCUGGGACUACGGGCGCCCGCCACAACGCCCAGCUAUUUUUUGGUUGCAGUUUGACCGGGGCCGGGUUUGAACCCGCCACCCUCGGUAUAUGGGGCCAGCGCCUUACCGACUGAGCCACAGGCGCCACCCCAGUUUUAUAUUUUUAAAUAAAGUGUUUUUAUCUGUCUAGGGUGAGGCCUGGUGGGAAAGGGCUGGAGGGGUGAAGGGGGUGCCUAGUGGAACAGAGUCCAGUGUGACACAUCAGAGAGUUACAGCCUCUUGUCCUUUUUUCCCUUGGUAGGACAUAUACCUGGAGUCUAACCUGCCACAGAAUAUUCAGGACCUCAUCUGCAGGGCAGUGCAGUCAGUUGUAGAGAAGAACAUUUCAUGUUCCCUGCAUCCCCACUGGCUUCUGAGCCUGUGGUUCUUUAGACUGGAAUCCUUUAGACUGUCUCUGUUGACAAAUGUUCACAAGAACCCAGGCCCUCUCUUUCCCACACUUGACCUUGGUUUUGUCCUUAUUUACAAAGCAUGCUUACAGCUAUUUUUGUGGAGAGAGUCAAGAACACCAGGUGCAGGGAGGGUAUAGGUAGGAGGAGCUGACUCUUAUUCAGCACAGUUCUCCUCUUCCAGCCUUGGAGACCUCAUUUUGAAAGAUAUGUCUGUGCAAAAAGGGCCCCCUAAAUAUUCUAUUCUCCACUUGCAGAAACUAGUGCGUGGCUGAGUUGCAAUUUCUAUUUUGCUUCUUCCCUUUGUGGAAUUUAGUUAGCUUUUCUAACUCCCUUUGGGGGGCGGGGGGCAGGUGGUGUUUUUUUACAGGAAGUAAGGAGGGUGGGGAGGAGGAGAGUGACUUAGGGACACUCACAGCUCUGAGAGAUGCUUUCUCGCCCACACAGCUCUCCCUUGGGUGAGGUCAUUUCCCUAGGCUCUGAUUGGCUUCUAAGAAAGCCUCACAUGAGCUGAUUGGUUCCAGCCACUUGACAAACAACAGACAGGGCAAGCUGCUGUCCAGAAUAGGAACUGAAUAAGGAAGCUUGCAUGUCCUAGUGACCCUACUGAGCAUUUGAAAGCCAUAAGAUCGGGCGUAGGAGACCCUUCAAGAAAGAGCUUAAUUGCAUUUAGGCAGGCUGACUGAAUUUCCUACAACAUCAAAUGGUAGAGUCUAGUAAUCUAAGGUUAGAUAUUUCUGACCUUAUUUUAAAGAGGAGAGGCUGUGACUCCAUUGAGGGAAAACACCUUAAAAGCCGCAUUUGGGUUUGUUAGUAAGUAUUAAAACGGAAGCAGCCAAAAAAACAGAGAAGGAAACAGGAAUAGAAACAGAACAUUCCAGAGUUAUUAAGCAAUUUGUGAUGAUUGAUGUGUUUCCUUUUUUAUCUCUCCAAGGUGUUGUGUGAGUAGAGAGAAUGGGACAGGGGACCUGUCAUUGGGAUUUCCCAUAAUUAUACUUUAACCUGUGAUUGUGGCUAGGAAGAGCACAAAAGCAAGACACUGAACAUUUUCUUUUUAUCUUCUCCCAUACACGCACAUAUACCAGUCCUGACCUGACCAAGUAUACCUGUGUCUAUGUUGGGGGCACAGCCACUCCCUAAAUCCCACGCAAUGUCUGCCUGGGAAUGUAACAGAGGGAGAAUAAACAGGGUUCUGAAAACAGGACAGUCAAGGAAGACGGAAGCUGCACCUCCACCCCCAUCUCUAUACACACACAUCCUUUUCUCAUGAAACUAGGAAAAAGAGGACCUUAGGAGUGACCACUUGGGAUCAGUUGUACUGCCUCAAAGACAAAGUGUCAGCAAGAUCAGAUCAUUCUUGGACUCUGCCCUGUGUGGCAGGUGACCUUGCUAGACAAAGCCAGAGACCCGGGACACAGCAGCAUUCCCAGAUACUCUGGAGUGGUUCCAGGCAUGAGCUAGACUGUUUCCAUUGACCUUUCCCCUACUUUUUGUAGGCACUAUCCAGCUGGCCAAGACUAAGGCCUAAUAAACAGGGUCGGGGUUCCUAUUCCCUCACAGGACAACCUGAGAAGUUAGGAUGGAGGCUUUGCUUGCAGAUAUUUACAGAAAACCCAUGCAGUGCUUGCUCAGCCCUGUAGUACUCGCCUGCUGGGGCCUGUUAAUGCUGAACAGAUUGCUCCCACACCCACAGCCUGGCCUGCACUGGCCCCAGGCAGGAUAGGUUCUCUGGCAAGAAUCCUAUCUUUUCCUACCUUGUAUUCCAUCCCUAGCCAACUGGUCCCCUCCCACAGUGGGUGGGCAGCUUGAGAAUGGGGUCUGCAAACAGGCUCAGUGACUCCAAUGGUUUGAGGGAGACUGGAUGGCAGACUUGGAUGCAACAUGCAGUUUAGAUUAGGAAUGGACACCAAAGAAAAUUGGGGGUGGGAGGUCCCCCAAUUUUAACCACCCCCAAUGGUGGUUGUCCUCAGUAGAUUGCCAUGGCAUCAUAGCUCGCAGGAACCUCAAACUCUUGGGUUUAAGUGAUUCUCUUGCCUCAGCCUCCCAAGUACCUAGGACUACAGGUGCCCGCCACAACACCUGGCUAUUUUUUUGUUGCGCUUGUCGUUGUUUAGCAGGCCUGGGCAGGGCUCGAACCCACCAGCCUUGGUGUAUGUGGCUGGUGCCCAACUCACUGAACUAUGGGCACCGAGCCUCUCUGUUCAUUUUUAUUACUAUUUGAACUUUGAAAGGAAAGAAGGGUGGUGGUUUGUAGGCAUAGGCUGUUUAUGAGGGGAAGAAAAGCUGCUUUUUUUUUUGAGACAGAAUCUCACUUUGUCCCCCUCAGUAGAGUACCGUGGCGUCAUAGCUCACAGUAACCUCAGACUCCUAGGCUUAAGUGAUUCUCUUGCUUCAGUCUCCCAAGUAGCUGGGACUACAGUCACCCACCACGCCUGGCUAUUUUUAGAGGUAGGGUUUCGCUCUAGCUUAGGCUGGUCUUAAACUCAUGAGCUCAGGCAAUCCACCCACCUUGGCCUCCCAAAGUGCUGGGAUUACUGGUGUGAGCCACCACACUCAGCCCUUGCUAUUUUUUUUUUUUCUUUUUGAGACAAAAGUCUCAUUCUGUCACCCUGAGUAGAGUUUGCCAUCAUAGCUCAUGGAAACCUCAAACUCCAGGGCUCAAGAAAUCCUCUUGCCUCAGUCACCCCAGUAGCUGGAA